UUGAAAAAUGUUAGCACCUUGAAAGAGCCCGUUCGAACGGAACUCAAUGAUUUGCGAGCGCAGCAAGAAAGGUUGAGAGCUUUCCAUGAAACACUACGAUCAACUGGCCAGAAGUAUGCGGCAGUUGUGGAACGUUGCGAUAAACUGGUGAACAGUGCUGAAGAAGGUGUCUCAACAGUAACAUUGGAUGAAGAGAAAUGCCGCUUAACUGAUGAAUGGGAUGCACUGAACAAGCAGCUCGCUGAUCGCGAACAGCAAGUCUGUAUUGCAUUGCAAGAACUUGGCAGCUAUACGGAUGCAUACAGUGCUUUGUCCAUUUGGCUCCAGGAUACCGAGGAAUCUAUCGAUGGUUUCAAAGCAAUGAUAGAUAAAGUUGUGGAACUUACAACGGAUAAUUCAAAACGCGAAACCUUGAAGGAUCAGGCAAAAAAAAUUGCUCAAAGAUACGCAGCUCUUGUAGAAAAUGCCCACAAUCGUCGUAGUCAUUUGCAUGAGGCAAUUGUAAUGACCGAAGAUUGGGCCGAGCUAUCGGGUGCAUUCAAAACAUGGCUUGAAGCAACCGAACGUGACUUGCAUCUACUGGGCAAAAUACCGACGGAUGAAGAAAAAUUCCAUCAGCAAAUUCAAAUCUAUCAGAAACUGCAGGACAGUAUUGAUAGCAAACAAAGUGAUGUGGAAAAGAUGGUGCAUCUCUGUCCACUUCUUGCUGAGCUCACUUCAGACGAGGAAGCCACCGAAAUUGAUGCUGUUUUGAAGAAAUACUUGACAAGAUACGAGAAUUUGGGCGCACGAGCUGCGGAAUGUGGUUCCCUAUUGCAACAGAUGGGUGAAGAAAUUGCGAACUUUUUUGAGCGUAUGAACGCACUUGGCGAAUGGCUUGACAAAAUGGAAAAUGAGGUUUAUAAAAUGGACGCUGUUUCAGUUUAUCCAAAUGAGCUCGGUGACCAAAGCACCGUGCUUGCUGAGGUAUAAUU